AAUCUGCUGCAGGGAGACAAAGGAGCCUUGGGCGACCCCGGCCUUCCAGGGCCGACAGGACUCCGUGGGGAGUUUGGUGACAGAGGUCCAGUUGGAGCUUCUGGAGCAAAGGGAGACAUAGGCGUGGCAGGAAGUGAUGGUUUACCAGGAGAGAAUGGAGAACCUGGUCCGUUUGGGCCGGUUGGACAGAAAGGAGAGUCAGGAAAGAGAGGUGAACUGGGGCCUAAAGGUGUGACAGGUCCACAAGGCGAGAUCGGGGCCAGGGGGCCUCCGGGAAAACCAGGACUGAUGGGCUUCCAAGGGGAACAGGGUCUGCCAGGAAUCGCAGGAAAGACCGGUGUACCUGGUAAACUAGCAAGUGAGCAGCACAUCAGAGAGCUGUGUGGUUCCAUGAUCGAUGACCAGAUUGCACAGCUAGCGGCCAACCUGCGGAGGCCCCUGACCCCAGGAAUGGUGGGCCGGCCCGGCUCCGCGGGUCCUCCAGGAAAGCAAGGGGUUGCUGGUUCGGUCGGGCAUCCAGGGACCCGUGGACCGCCAGGAUACAGAGGCCUGCCAGGAGAACUUGGAGAUCCAGGUCCCAGAGGUGAUGUUGGUGAGGCAGGUGAUAAGGGAUCUGUUGGCAAAGCCAUUGAUGGGCCUCCUGGAGACCAAGGACACCAAGGUCUUCCUGGAGUACGUGGGAUUGUCAAAGAUGGCCGUGAUGGGUCUCCUGGAGAUCCGGGUGAGCCUGGAGAGUCUGGCAGGGCAGGUAGGACUGGGCAUCAGGGUCCUCCAGGGAUCUGUGAUACAACAGCCUGCCAGGGAACGUCACCAGCUGGGAAAUCUUCAAACCCCAAAAACAAUUGAACCUGACUUCCUGCAGCCUGACCGCCCCGCUUUUAGGAGGGAAGGUUAACACGAGGAGGAGAGGAAUGACAAGAGAACGUUCGCAACAAGUCCUCUUUAUUUAAAUACAUGUAUCACAAGGGAGGAGUAACAUCUACAAGUGUGAAUGGAGGAACAUCCCAAGAGUGACAGGAACACCAAAGCAACCGAGAGACCUAAAAGAUUACAGGUAACAUCUUGAAAUAAAGCAGAUCAGGCAAGGAAAAGAAAACAAGAGAACAACUGUAGUGACUCAGAAGUGUCGCAUAACAACUGACAUACGUUUGUAAAUGUUUCGAUGCUCCAUUUGUUCCGAUUAUCAUCAACGCGACAACUGUGACCGUCUCUGAUGUGAACGCCCAUUUGACACGGCUUAUUGUGUGAAUCACAGGUGUUACCUCAGUAUACAAACUGACAGUGUAAAAUAUGGACAAAGGUGCUGGAGCUGUAUAUGUACUGUAAAAGUAAUAAAAUAACAAUUACCCAGGUGCCCAGAAAUUGUGUAGAAAAAUGCAAAAAAUAUAUAUAUAACUGUUUUUUGUUUUUUUUUACAGCUUGUUUUUUUUAUAUAACUUGUAAAGUGAAGGUGAUUCACUAAAGCUAAGAGAAUAAACAGGAUAAAACUUGUGGAUGCAUAAAUCAGACCUGUAUAAUUCAUAAAGAAAUUAGAAAAAGUUUAUUUUUAUUUUUUGGGUUUUUCAAUCAGCAAUGACCACAUCCACUGUGUACCGCCGGUACUGUAACUAUUAAAUAUACAUUACUUUUAAUACUA